AUGGAGUGUUUUCACUGGAUGAAGAAUAAGAAGAAGGGGAAAAAAGGCACUAUGGCUCUGAAGUUGGACAUGUCCAAAGCCUAUGAUAGAAUUGAAUGGGAGUUUGUGGAAGGUGCUUUGAAAGCUAUGGAAUUUCCUGAUUAUUUCACUCAACUCAUAAAACGUUGUAUAUCCACAGUCACUUACCAAAUCCUUCUCAAUGGCCAACCUAGCAGAAAAUUUUUUCCUCAAAGGGGUCUCCGGCAAGGAGACCCUCUCUCUCCGUUCUUGUUUAUAAUUUGUGCUGACGCUUUUGCAGGUUUACUUAAGAGGAAGGCUGCCUCUGCAGAGAUCCAUGGUAUUCUUGUCGCAAGGAAGGCCCCCGUUAUCACCCAUCUCUUCUUUGCAGACGAUUGUUUGUUGUUUGGCCGUGCAAAUGAAGGUGAAGCUGACGUUAUUCUCCAAACGAUACAUGAGUAUCAGAAAGCUUCGGGACAAAUGGUCAAUUUCGAAAAAUCUGAAGUCUCUUUCAGCCCUAAUGUCUCUAAUGCAUCCAAGGAGGUCCUUCGACAAAGGCUGGGUUUUAAAGCAGUUGGAAGUCACAUUAAAUAUUUGGGGCUGCCUGUAGUGUUUGGAAGAAAGAAAAAAGAAGUCUUUUCUAUGGUCAUUGACAGAGUAUGGAAGAAAGUCAAAGGAUGGAAGGAAGGCUUUUUGUCUAGGGCCGGGAAAGAGGUACUCAUUAAAGCUGUAGCCCAAUCCAUACCAACAUAUAUCAUGAGUUGCUACAGAUUGCCUGAUAGUUGUUGUAAGGAGAUAGAAACAAUACUGUCUAGAUUUUGGUGGGGCUCCAAAGAAGGUGAAAACAAGAUCCAUUGGAUGAGCUGGAAGCGCAUGGCACAUUCUAAAGAUGUUGGAGGAAUGGGAUUCCGUGGCAUUAAAGACUUCAAUACAAGUCUACUUGGAAAACAAUUCUGGAGAUUGAUGCAAGAAGAUGGUUCUUUAUUUGAAAGGUUCUUUAAGGGCAGAUAUUAUCCGCGCGGUAGGAUCACUGAGGCCCCUGUGGGUUUUAAACCCAGUUAUGCUUGGCGCAGCUUGCUUAGUGCUAAGGACGUAGUUGUGGCAGGUUCAAGAUGGAGAGUCGGAAAUGGUGAUAAGAUCAAUGUUUGGAGGGAUAACUGGGUUCCUUCCACCCCAGGUUUCAAACCUUUGAUCUGGCAGGAUCCAACAAACCAUCUUAUGAAAGUUUCAGAACUGAUAGACGAGGAUUUGGGUCAAUGGAACCGAACUCUGAUUUUAGAUACUUUCAUGGAGAGUGAUGCUCAUCAUGUUCUCAGUAUACACCUCUCGAGAACUCUUCCUGAAGACAAAUUGAUAUGGAACCAUGACAAGGAUGGCGAAUUCACGGUGAAGACUGCAUAUCAAAUUCUGAGCAAGCAAAAAUUUCAUCUUAAUCCAGGCACUUCUGCGGAUGCUGACAGUUCUGUUUGGAAGAAGCUGUGGAAACUUCCUCUGCAAGAAAAGAUUAAAAACUUUAUGUGGAGGCUCCUUAAGAACAUCCUUCCCACAAGAACCAAUCUAAACAAAAAAGCAAAAGAACCUUGGACGGCGCAGGUUGUGUGUACUGGACUGUGGAAGUUGUGGCAAGCUAGAAACAAUUCAGUCUUCAAGGGUGAGGUUCAAAACCCACAAAACCUGGCUAGCUCGAUCUUUGAUUCAGUUUUGGAGUGGAAUGAUUCUAGGAAUUCUGUGCUUCCAAAUCCCUCUGUGCAAGCCUCGGUUGCGAUGGCCAACAGUUCUUGGGUGGUGCAGUCUGAUGCUGGUUGUUUUGAGGGGGGUGUUGUGGCGCUUGGUUGCAUUGUUAAAUCCUCUGAGGACAAAAUCCUCACAUCUGCCUGUCAGAGAUUCUCAAGCUCUACUGAUGUUGCAAUUGCAGAGCUGAUGAGUAUAACUUGGGCCAUACAAAUUGCCUUGGAGCACAAACUAGACAACAUUAUCUUCCAAUCUGAUGCCCUUUCUGUUGUGGAUUGUAUCAAUGGGACUUCCUACUCUGCCAAUCUGGAGCUGCUCGUUAAUGACUGCAAAGAGCUGCUUAGGAAUUUUCAAAAUGCUGUUGUUGUGUAUUUGAAUAGAAAUUGUAAUAGAGAUGCCCAUCACAUGGUGCAUGUAGGUUUUAAUGUUGGCUCUAAGUGUUGGGCUGGUGUAAUCCCUCCUUUGGAGGUAGACUCUGUUUCUUUGGAUUCUGUGGCUCCUGUGCCUUCUUAA